UGCAGAAACCAACCAUGAAAUUCUUAAUUGUAGUCGCUUUCGUCGCGGUAGCGUCUGCAGCAACUCUUCCCCAGAAGAGAAUCAGUCAAGCUGAUGCCGCCUCUCCCAUCCAAGUUGGACCCGCUGUCGUCGAACCUGUAGAAGAGAUUGGAGUUGGACCUGCUCUGAUCGACCCUGUCGAAGAAAUUUCUGUCGGACCCGCUGUCAUCGACCCUGUCGAAGAAAUCUCAGUUGGACCCGCUGUCAUCGACCCUGUCGAAGAAAUCUCAGUUGGACCCGUUGUUAUUGAGGAAAUCAACCCCCUCGCCUACCAAUAUCCUCUUGCCCAGGUCCUCGUUAUCGUUAACUCAGGUGAUUCCAACUCACUGACCAUCACUCAACCCUAAAUAUUUAGGCUUAUAAUGUAAGAUUUAAUAUGAAAUACUUACUUUAUAAA